GAUGGCAAGGAUGUUGACGCUUUUGCUCUUGGGUCUUGUGGCUCUUUCUGCUGGGACUGGAGUAUUUAUGGACAGACUUGCAUCCAAAAAGCUGUGUGCAGAUGAGGAGUGUGUCUAUACUAUUUCUCUGGCUCAAGCUCAAGAAGAUUACAAUGCUCCAGAUUGUAGAUUCAUUAAUGUUAAAAAAGGGCAACAGAUCUACAUUUAUUCAAAGCUGGUAAAAGAAAACGAAGCUGGAGAAUUUUGGGCUGGCAGUGUUUAUGGUGACCACCAGGAUGAGAUGGGAAUUGUGGGCUAUUUUCCUAGCAGCUUGGUCAAGGAGCAACGUGUGUACCAGGAGGCCACCAAGGAAGUUCCCACCACGGAUAUUGACUUUUUCUGUGAGUAAGAAAUCUGUGAAAACUGAGGUAAGAUGGAACAU